AUGUCAGCUUCUGUCCUGGGCAAACGUACCCGGAGUUCAGCGAAUGCAUCAGACAGCAGCAUACAGACCCGGGCAAAGCGCCGCGAGACUCUGGUCCUAGGGAACGACGAAAACGACAACCCAUUCUUCAACCCAAUAUCUUCUCCUGCAACACAACUCAAACCCACUCCCUCGAAACGCGUAGUAUCGUCACCAAAUAAGAUCAGUGCCCACUUCUCUGUUUCGAAGACUACCAAAUCAUCUGUUCCCGCAAAGUCAAGCCCACUUGCUACACCGCAAACACCACGACACCGAGAUGCGCUCGCCUCAAAAAUCACAAUCACACCAAGGCACCGCCAUCUUAUUUCUAGCAGCCCCGACACUCCUCGCAGUCCUUACACUCCAUCAAGUGCCGCCAACAAUGUGUACAACCAAGCCCGCCAGAUCUUCUCAAGAUGUACGGACCCUGGCGUUUUAAUUGGAAGAGAGGAAGAGAAGAAACAGUUGUCUAUAUUUAUAUCAGAGCGCCUCGACUCUGCAGAUGCCGGAUGUCUCUACAUCUCAGGACCACCAGGAACCGGAAAGAGUGCUUUUGUUGGUCAAGUUUGUCAAGACCUUGCAUCUGAGUCAGAACGUGAAAUGAUCAUCUCGACUGUCAACUGUAUGAGUGUCAAAACAGCCAAAGACCUUGCCAACACAUUGUCAAAAGACCUGGGUCUGGACAGCGUUUCUGGGCGCGCCGCAGAUUUCGAUAUCCUACGCCCCAACUUCUUUGAGCAGGAGAAGAAGUACAUUGUCAUCCUGGAUGAAAUCGAUCGCCUUGUCGAUCUGGAUCUCAAAUUGUUGUACAGCCUUUUUGAGUGGUCAAUGGAGCCUUCGUCAAAUCUCAUUCUUAUUGGCAUUGCUAACGCUCUCGAUCUAACUGACCGUUUUCUGCCUCGCCUCAAGUCACGCAAUCUCAAACCAAAUCUGCUGCCAUUCAUGCCAUACACCGCUCCUCAAAUUGCGAAUAUCAUCACAUCGAAACUCAAGGGAUUGAAUGCUUCUCUGGCAGAUCCCAACUUCAUUCCAUUCUUACAUCCCGCAGCCAUUCAAUUCUGCUCCAAGAAGGUCGCGUCUCAGACUGGUGAUCUCCGAAAGGCCUUCGAUAUCUGCAGGAGAGCUGUCGACAUGAUCGAGUCUGAGACGAAGGUUGAGCAAGCACGCAUUCGUCUGCAAGACAGCCCGUCGAAGACGCCGCUGAAGGAGAACCCGAACAUUGCAUCUCCCGCCGUCAAAUUGGCAGCCUUCCAGAAGUCGGCGCUCAAAGACCCUCGCCAGACCACGCUCUUCCCUUCUAUCAGUCACUUGACACUCGAGACUGCGCCGAGAGCGACGAUUGCUCAUGUCGCCAAAGUUACUGCCGCUGUUUUUAGCAAUGGAGCAUCUCAACGUCUGGCAUCUCUUAACUUGCAACAGAAAGCUGUCUUGUGCGCUUUGUCAGCUUUGGAGAAGAAGAAGCGUGAGGCACCCAGCGUGGUCACCUUUCCAAUGACACCUUCCAAGCAUGCAAAUUCCGCGCCGACUGUCAAGCAAUUGUUCGAAGCCUACUGCACCCUCUGCAGUCGCGAGAAUAUGUUACACGCUCUCAGCAGCAUUGAGUUUAGGGACGUGGUCAGUGGCCUGGAGACACUCUCACUCGUCUCUGCUGUGGAAGCAAAAGGAGCCUCUUCCUUCUCCAUGCCCUUGACACCUUCGCGUACACCCAGCAGAAGAUCCAAAUCUGGAUUCACCGGUGCAGCAAUGGGCGAUGACAAGAGAAUGGCUGCUUGUGUUGGUCACGCUGAGCUGCUCUCGGCUCUCAAGGGACCAGGCAGUGAUAUUCUCAAGGAGAUGAUCGAGGGUGAUGGCAUUGUUGCAUGA